AUGGCCGACCCUGCACCGAGCAGCAUACCUCCUCCAAAGCCAACAACACCCAGUACGACAGGGCAAGAACAAGACCAGAAAGAAAAGUUGGAGGAACAGGUUGUAUUUCUCAAGAAGAAGAACAAAAACAAGAAUGUGACUCUUCGAUCUAGAGACGAAGCAACGAAGGAGCGGUUAACGGAGGAGGACGGCGUAGAUGAAGCGGACGAAGAAGCGCGACGGACGGUGGAAGAGAUGAUUGCGUUACGCAAACUAAAGCAAGCUAAGGUGGGUAUCGACCUUCAACGACUGAAUGCGGGCGAGCCGAAAAAGAAGAAAAAGAAGAAAAACAACAAUAGUAACGGUGGUCCGGUUGGGGAUGAUCCUGAGCUUGGCAAGCCCGAUGGUCAGGUAAUCGACUCGGUCGACGAUGACCCUGUUAAAGAUGACCGUUUGGCCGAGGAUGAACCCGAAGACGAAGACGCACGGACACGCAAGAUCAUCAAAUCGAACCACUUCACUCAACAAACCAACACCUUAGAUGUUGACAAACACAUGAUGUCAUAUAUCGAGGAAGAAUUACAGAGACGAAGAAAGGAAGCAAUAGCCGCAGGAGCGAUCGAGAGUUCGGAGCCGAUCCUGAAAGGUCUUGAUGCCAUAGCCUCAUUAGAUCCGCGCGACGAACUCUACAAAAUAGCCGAGAAGUAUCGGAUCCAGAAGAAACCUGUCGUCGAGGGAAACGUCACUUUGAGUGCGACCAUGCUCACUUCUAUUCCUGAAGUCGACCUUGGAAUCGAUAAUCGGAUCAGGAAUUUCGAAGCGACGGAGAAAGCAAAACGACAGUUAAGCGAACAACGAGCGCAGCAGAGCCAGCAAGGAAAGGCAACACCAGGAACGAGUGGCACGAGCACAACUGGGGCAAUGUUGGAGACGAAUAGCAAAGAGCACUUCGCAGCAGACCGGUUCUUACUCCCAAACCACAUGAAGCAGAACCCAUUAAACGAGCUCGACUCGUUGAAAAUCGCUCGUCUUGAAAGCGAAGGAUUGUUCGAAGAAGCCGACGUCCUUCGAAAAGAUCUUAAACGCAAAGCAUAUCAACUGAAGUACGGCAAUAAUAAUUCCUCUUCUAAUAAUAACCCUGGUGGUGGGUAUAAUAAUCAUCGGUUCGGGUCCGGUGGUGGGCGGUCUAAUCAACUCGCUACUGACGAUCGGGCCGUCGAAAACUUUCGCAAACGGAUGGGUGGCAGACGUUGA